AUGUCAUGCAAACAGGCUGUCGAUCAGGAAUAUAUGGGUGUGCCCGGUCCAGUCAGGCCUCAAGAUCAAGGAAGAUCGGAAUAUCCGAAUAUCCGAAUACUUCCCCCCAAAAAAACAACAAUAACAUUUGGGCAUUUUAUGAGCAUGACCGCCAUUGUUUUGGCUUUGGGAUCGCUUAACUCUUGUCAUUGUACUAGUCAAAGUACGAAUGCCGCGCUGAGACUGGACUCUUGGCCGAAAUCGUAA